UAUCACUCUUGUGUAAACACAUGCAGCUGAAAUGACUUCGGUAUCUGUGAGAGUGAUUGAGUCUUCCUGGUUUUCCUUCAGUCUGAACUUGACACAAAGUAAACAUGACUGAACUCAGAAUAUAUGCAAAUCACUUUGUAGGUGUCCACCCCUUAGUUAGAGCCCUAGAAACCAGCCAACCUUUUGUCCUGCAUACAAUACAGUGCAGCAAACUCUGAUUUAACACUUGUUUAAUUAGUUUUCUUAAAAUUAUGAUUUGACUUUUGUUUUUUUACUGUUUUGAUUUUCUGUUCUGACUAAAACUGUGAUCCAAUAGAUGGAUAUUUGUGUUAAAACUAGCCUUUUGCAUGAGAACACACUCUUCCUUUAAUAUGUUUUUAGCCACUUCUUCUAACUCCUUCUGUUCUACCCCCAUAGCUGAAGAAUAUUACAUCUGAAAUCCUUUUUCUAAAUGUUUUUCAAGACUAAAUUCAAGGACUAAGCUGGCGCUCAACUUUCACAGCCGAUCUGGCUGAGCAACACUAACACUACAUUCUUGACUCUGAUUGGAUGAAGCUGAAGCACUAAAGAAUUUGCAUAUAGCAGCUGUAACUUACACAAGCCUCUGCACCCACAGUGUGGAGUGUGAAGAAUCCCACAGAGGACUGCAGGUUAUGCUGAUGUAACGCGGUUAAGAUGAAGAAAUCUGAAAAAGCGCCAGAACUCAAAGUGUUUCCCACCACAGUUAAGUCCAAAAAUUCCCAUCAACUUUUGAGCCCUGAAGUCACUGUAAACCAGGUUUUUCAUGCCAACCCACGUCAUGAAAAAGGCACACAGAGCUGCUGCACAGAUGCAGAUUUUUUCUGCCAAAGCCAAUACGGAGGCAGACAAGUGGACCAAGAGUCAAGGAGCCAGCUGCCUCGUGUGGCACAGCAUGCAGAGCUGAUGCACCACAGACAGCUGGAAGACAGAGGAGCAUGGAUAAAUCUUCAUCAUCAGCCUCCUGAUGGCUGUCGCCCACAUCCCACAGAGAUGACGCAGAGUGACAUGAGAAGACGGUGCAGCUGCUGGGACUGUGCACCAAACCAGUCUGGAAAGAUGGAGCCUGAAAACAGAGAUGCAACCGGGGGGGAGGAUGAAUACAGUUCUCAGCUUGAGAGCAAUGGAGAAGAGCUCGAGCAACCAUUGCCAGCUGAAAUCUGACAAUGAGUGGCAACAGUACAGUCCUCUCCUACCUCCUCACCACUAUAUGCACAACUACGGCCUUCAUCAUCCCAUGGAUGUCAGGUAUUAUCACUCUGCAGGAGAGGGGCAGCACAAUCUCAGAUACCCACCCCAGCUAUUCCACCACUCUGCUCCCUUCCACUACGGGAGACCCUGGGAUCACCCGCAAAACUGGCUCCAACAACAUGAUAACUAUAUGAAUGACAGUGUGACUCAGGGAGGCGUCUCAGUUAAUGUACCUCAGUUCUCCAUCCCCCCCAUGGAGGGCGUGUCACAGGUCAGUGUGAUGAACCUGAGCGUGGUGGGAGCCGAGGCGACUGCCUCACAUCCACAUGAGAAAAGAAGAACCAUCAGUCUGCCUGACGAGUGCCGGAACAUUUUUAUAACUUAUUCUUCGGACAUAUGCUCAGAGAUGGUCUCCUUUGUGGACUUCCUCACAAAGCAAGGUUUUCGACCAGCUAUUGACAUUUUUGACAACCCCAUUAGACGCAUGGACAUCAACAAGUGGAAAGACAGUUACCUAAAAGAUCCAUCAAACUUGAUUAUCAUCGCCAUCAGUCCAAAGUAUAAGGAGGACAUCGAAGGAUCUGUAGUGGACAGCCAUGGUCUACACACUAAAUAUAUACACACCAUGAUGCAGAAUGAAUUCAUCCAACAAGGCAGCUUGAAUUUCAGAUUCAUACCAGUCCUCUUCUGCAAUACGUCCCAGAAGCACGUCCCAAGCUGGCUUCAGAACACACGUGUUUACCGCUGGCCACAGGACACUGAGGAUUUGUUGCUGCGACUGCUGAGGGAGGAGAAAUAUGUUCCUCCGCCUGUACCCAUGGAGCUCACCCUCAUCAUCAGGCCUGUGGCAUCAGUGCUUCAGCUACACUGUAAAAUAUGCACCCAUGUUUAUGCACGUGUGUGUUUGAUUCUGUUUCAAGCUGAUUUUAUUUGGAGUUACUGUGUGUAUACUGUACUGUGUAUUUUAAUAAUCCUCAUAACUGAUCCAGUACCAGUCAAUAACAGCUCCCAUUGUAAGCUGUGUUGUAGCUAAUGUACAGUUGUUUCUCAGAUGUUUCAAUAAAGUUUUUCUUCUCUGUGUA